UUUUGAGAACUGUGUAGACCUUCAAUAUAUAUUUUGAGCAACUUAAGCGGCCUCUUUGAAUCAAAACAAAAAGCAAUAUGGCUAAUGCGUACCAAGACGAACAGUUCGGAGUAUUAAAAGAUAAAUAUUCAAAAGGACCUUUCGGCUUAGGUGAUCCAGAUGACUUAACAUUGCGAAGGGUUGAGAAAGAAAUAAUGAUACCUCAGAAAAUGAAAGAAAUUGCAAAGAGGGAACAUUGUAGCACUGAAGUUCAGACUUUUGGUGAAUGUGCAAAACAAGCUGGUUUGCUUCUGACGUUUCAGUGUAGAGACAAAGCAAAUCUCCUUCAUACAUGCCUAUCAAAUAUGUACAAGAAUGAAGAAUUUGUUGAAAGGUGCACACAGGAAUAUCUGAAAGAUCGCACAGAAUAUCGUCGAACUGGAAAGAAGAAGCUUAUAAAACGUGUUUAAAUAAUAGUUAUAUGUAAUGUGAGAAUACAAAUUUGUAAAUAAAAUUUAUUAAAACUGUU